CACCCACACAAAAAGACACAAGUCCCAUAAAUAGCAAACUGAAUUUUGAUUGGUACAAAAAUUUGUCCCCUUUUUGAAGAAGAAAAAAAAUAAUACUUCGAAUAUAAAUCGGAUAAUCAAAAAAAAAAAAACCCCUAAAAGAACCAAUCAUCAUAAAUAUAUCACAAAAUCAAACCCAGUAUGGAAGCUGAUGUUUUGAUUUUCUGAAACUCCGCCACGAACAAGAAAGAAAGGGAAGGGGGUGUGGUAAAUUGGUUUCAAAAAGGGGGCUAAAGUUGAGAUUUUUAAUAAUUAGGGCUCAGAGAGAUGUUGAAAUCCUGGCUAUUUUUGUGGUGCCUUUUGUGUUUAAUGGGUUCUUUCGGGGCUUAUUGCAAUGUCGUUUUGACAGUCAACAACGUUACUUCUUAUUUUCAAGACAUUGAAUCUAAUUUUGCUCCAUCGGUAAAAGUGACUGGGAUAUGCGGUACGAUAUAUAUAGCAGAACCUGUAGAUGCAUGCUCAAAGCUGACGAAUAAGAUAGUUCCGAAAACGAAUGACACAUCAUCGUUCGUGAUGAUAGUCAGAGGAAAUUGUAGCUUCGACGACAAAGUCAGACGAGCGCAGUCUGCAGGUUUCAAAGCAGCAAUCGUCUUCGACAAUGAAACCGAUGAUUUAGUUGCAAUGGCUGGAAAUUCAGCUGGUAUAAAAAUACCAGCAGUGUUCGUUUCGAAAUCUUCCGGCGAAACACUAGCAAAGUAUGUGGGGUCCACUGAUGCGAAUAUAUGUAUUGUACCGAGUUCAGAAAACUCCGCGUGGUCUAUAAUGGCUAUCUCUUUCAUUUCGUUGCUCGCCAUGUCAGCAGUCUUGGCUACCUGUUUCUUUGUCCGAAGGCAUCGGAUUCGAAGAGAACAGCCACACGCACUAUGUGUGCGAGAAUUUCACGGUAUGAGCGGGCGUUUGGUCAAAGCCAUGCCUAGCCUUAUCUUUACAGCUGUACUCGAAGACAACUCCACUUCUUGCACAUGUGCAAUUUGUCUUGAAGAUUAUAUCAUGGGAGAAAAGAUCCGUAUUCUCCCUUGUCGCCACAAAUUCCACGCGAUUUGCGUGGACGCAUGGUUAACAACGUGGAGAACAUUCUGCCCCGUGUGCAAACGUGACGCAAGAACCACCACAGGAGAGCCGCCAGCAUCGGAAUCUACGCCGCUGCUGAUGUCAUCAUCGAACUCCGUUUCUUCCUCGUCUGCUUUGUCCUCUUUCAGAUCCUCGUUGGCUUCUUCUUCAGCCAUGCAAAUAGCUCCAUCACUUUCUCGAAAUCCUUCGUUUUUUUCGCGCCAUCAAUCUCUAUCCAACACUCCUCAUUUGUAUCCUCAUUUAGGUACGAGUAGGAGCUCCAUCGAUCUAAGAAAUGCUUCUUCAUCACAAAGAUCCAACGGUGGUUAUUUAGUUUCACCUCACUCGUUUGGCUACCCUUCUUUAUCAUCUCUGAAUUCGAGAUACAUGUCACCGUAUAUACCGAGCCAGGCAAAUGCUUCUUCGAGUUACCUUGGAUCUUCUUCGAUCCGUCAGGCGAAUACUCUUCAUUACAGCGAGUCAAAUGCGAGCUUUUCACCGUUUGCAUCUGCACAGUCACUUCCUGAUUGUUAACUACUGUUCACGAAAUGUUGUUGUUCACAAGGGUAAAAAGGUCAAUUGACAACCAAACUUGUACAUUGUAGCAUAUAAGGUUUUUGCUUGCAGAGAUUCUCAUUUUUGUGAUUCGUGUUGUGUUUUUUUGAUUUUAUUUUUGUGGGAUCUU